CUUUAUGAUGGAUCUGCAGCAACAUUCUGUAACUGAUCCAUUUCCCCCCUCACUAGAACCAAAGACUCCACGCUGUGCUGGGAUGCUAGAGCUUCCUUCUGCAGCUGCAGGGAGAGCAAAACUCGUUUCCGGAAAACUGGAUCCGUCCUCGCCGCUUACUAUCCAUUUGUCUCUUGGAUUAGCGUAUACCAUCGGAUCUGCAAUUGGUUCCAUACCCCCUUCUGUAGAGGUCUGUCUGGAAGCAUUUUGUGUACCCAACAAAGUUGGUCUCACUGCAGGGGCGCGCGCGUGGUCGAAGCAUUUUCAUCGAUCCCAGUCUGCGGAGGAGCUUGCAAGUAAAGGCUGGUGGGGUCAACCCUCUGGACCCGUGGCAAUCAUCAAUGAACGGGCAUUGAUAUUGUUCUGGAAAAUUGUAAAUGAAGCCUCAUGGAGGAACCUUCAUUGGCUACCUCACCAGGUUCUGGUCUAUGAAGUGAGGAUCGAGGAAGGGUAUGGCAUGAGAUGGUCGCAGGAUCAAAGUUCUCGGGCAGAUGGUACCAAGGACCUCGAGGCGCGCCCUUGGACAUUCCGAGGGUUCGUUGAGCCGAUGAUGGAAAACGGUCAUGAAGUUGGAUGGCGACAUUAGACGCGACGAAUGUCACCGUGUGAAACUCAUACGAUCUUCAGCUUCUUUCCCUUCACUCCAUAGACGUACUUAGUUAAAUGGACACCGUACGAAGCCGUACAACAAGUCUAGAUGCUUACCUCGUGACAUUCGCAUGGCUUGGCCGUUUCACACAAAUAUGU